AUGGACUCACUCGACCAAUUCAUCCCCCCGGCUCUCCAGCCUCUGGUGGGCCAUCUCCGGACUCAGGCCCCGUUGCUCGGCGUCACGUUGCUCUCGCUCGCAGCCGCGUACCUUGGCUAUCUCUACGUUCUGGGCAGGAAGGAAGCCGCUGUUUCGUUUAACGUGCCUAUCCCUCCAGAGAUUCGGGCCAAUUGGAAGGGCGAGAAGUGGGACAGCCUUCAAGGAGAGGGAAGAAAAGUGCUGGAGGGACAAGUCCGGGGAAUUUACCCUACGCCCAUAUUAUCUCGAAGUGCUUCUAACUUUCUCUCUCCUACGCAGCAAUGGAAUGACAACUUGAUUAUGAGCUACUGCCCCGCGGAUGGAAGAGUACUCGGCAAUGGAAUCAAACCGGCAACUCCUGACGAUGUCGAUCGCGCAGUCCUGGCUGCGAAGAGCGCACAGCUUGAAUGGGCCAAUACUAGCUUUGCAGAGAGGAGGAAGGUCCUCAGGACGUUGCUGAAAUACGUCCUCGACCACCAAGAUGAACUCGUAACUGCUUGCUGCUUGGAUUCAGGCAAAACCAAAGUCGAUGCUGCAUUCGGAGAGAUCCUCGUCACCGCUGAGAAGCUCAAAUGGACACUUGACCACGGUGAAAAGGCCCUGGCACCGGAAUCGCGCCCGACAAACUUCCUCAUGAUGUACAAGAAGAACAUGGUCACCUACGAGCCUCUAGGUGUCGUCUCUGCCUGUGUUUCAUGGAACUACCCUUUCCACAACUUCAUCUCCCCGGUCAUUAGCGCUAUCUUUGCAGGAAACGGUGUCGUUGUGAAGCCCUCCGAACAAACUGCGUGGUCCUCCGCUUUCUUCCUCGAGAUCAUCCGCGGAGCGCUCUCCAGCUGCGGCCACUCGCGCGACCUCGUCCAGAGCAUCGUUUGCCUCCCUAACGUCGCCGACCACCUAACCUCUCACCCAGACAUCUCCCAAUUGACCUUCAUCGGUUCCAAGCCCGUCGCCCACAAAGUCUGCGAGUCCGCCGCCAAAUCCCUCACCCCCGUGACCGUCGAACUAGGCGGCAAAGACCCAGCCCUGGUUCUUGACGACUCGCGCACGGUCAGCGAAAUCCCCGCCAUCGCCUCGAUCCUCAUGCGUGGUGUCUUCCAAUCCGCCGGCCAGAACUGUAUCGGCGUAGAGCGCAUCAUCGCCCUCCCCAACGCAUACGACAAACUUGUUGAGACCGUAUCCACCCGUAUCGCUCGCCUUCGUCUCGGCUCCAUCCUCCUCGACUCCCAAACCUCCGCCGGAACCCCCGACGUCGGCGCCAUGAUCUCCCCGGCCUCCUUCGACCGCCUAGAAUCCCUCAUCGCCGAUGCCGUCAAGCAAGGCGCACGCCUAAUCUGCGGUGGAAAGCGCUUCCAGCACCCCGAACACCCACUGGGCCACUACUUCACCCCGACUCUCCUGGUAGACGUGACGCCGACCAUGAAGAUCGCCCAGCAGGAGCUCUUCGCUCCGGUCUUCCUCGUGAUGCGCGCCUCCUCCGUCCCCCACGCCAUCUCCAUCGCCAACUCAACAGACUACGGACUGGGUGCCAGCGUCUUCGGCUACAAUCAGACGGAUAUUGCGAAGUGCGUGGCGAACAUCAAGUCGGGCAUGGUGUCGGUCAACGACUUUGGCAGCUACUAUGCGGUUCAAUUGCCGUUCGGUGGCGUCAAGGGAUCCGGGUACGGUCGGUUCGCAGGCGAAGAGGGCUUGAGGGGUGUCAGCAAUAUCAAGGCUGUUUGCGUGGACCGGUUCCCUAAGGUUAUGGCGACGAGGAUUCCGCCCAGAGUGGAUUACCCUAUUCGCAAGGGUGAUGGUGCGCGGCAGGACGGCACCGGCGCAUGGGAGAUGUGUAAGGGUGUCGUGGAGACGGGAUACCAGAUUACAUUGGGUGGGAGAGUGAGUGGGAUCUUGAGAUUGUUGUCGAACAUGUAA